AUGCACGUUAUUUCAACAUCAAGUCAUUCAACUUCUCCUACAAUUCUUUACGAUUUCUUUUUCGUUCAUCCACAUCGCUCUUUAUUUUCUCCAAUCAAAGCAAUACAAAAAUCGUCGAAAAUCUACGUUAUUUCAACAACAAGUUAUUCAACUUCUCCUACAAUUCUUUUUUUUUCUUACCAACAUCAGUCUUCACUUUCUCCGAUUAAAACGACGCAAAACAAAUAUUCGGCUCGAAACGAUUUACCAGACUGUUUAUUUUUUUAUUCUACCUCACAAAGUAUCAAGAUGGAACAGAAAAAGAUCAUCAAACAACGAAAAACAACUGAUUUAACUCCGAAAGAACUUGCAAUUCUUCGAUCAGCUACGAAAACAAGCGAUAAAGAAAUCAAAACAUGGCACACAGAAUUUGUUCAUAAAUAUCCCGAUGGUAAAAUUAACAAGGAAGCAUUUGUCAAACUUUAUAAAGACCUUUUUCCAAACAGUGAUGAUGCUGCUGCAAAUGCCGCUCUUGAAUCGGUUGAUACCAAUCAUGACGGUGAACUUAGUUUCAAUGAAUUUUUGUUCUUCUCUGCUGUUACUGCUCGUGGUGCUGAUCUUGGUGAACGACUUGAAAUGAUCUUCGACGUAUGGGAUGUUACUGAUGAUGGACAACUCGAUCAAAACGAACUAGCUCAUCUGAUUUCAGCUAUGUACGAUCGUGCGAGAAUUAAAGAUCGUCAAGGUGACAAAAAUCCUCAUGCAAUUGCUAAGAAUAUCAUUGGUAAACUUGAUGUUAGUGGAGAUCGAAAAAUAAGCAAGGAUGAAUUUGUCAAAGGAUGCAAAACUGAUGAAACAAUUCGUAAACUUCUUGCACCUGAUCAAUAA